GCCUGGGCCUGAGCCCUGCGCUCCGCGCAUGUGCAGUUGGGAGCGUCUCUAGCCCGUGGCUUCCCGCCGAACACGAUGAUGCAAGGAGAGCCAAACCCUAGUGCUUCCCUUAUUGACAGAACCAUCAAGAUGAGGAAAGAAAGAGAGGCCAGGAAAGUGGUUUUAGCCUGGGGACUCCUGAACGUAUCCAUGGCGGGAAUGAUCUACACGGAAAUGACGGGGAAGUUGCUAAGUUCAUAUUAUAACGUGACUUACUGGCCCCUCUGGUAUAUUGAGUUUGCCUUUGCAUCUCUCUUCAGCCUGAAUGCCUUGUUUGAUUUUUGGAGAUAUUUCAGAUACACGGUGGCACCAACCAGUCUGGUUGUUAGCCCCGGACAGCAAUCACUUCUAGGGUUGAAAACAGCUGCUGUACAGACGACCCCUCCACACGACCUGGCAGCAGCGCAGAUCCCUCCCUCGCAGCCGUCACCUUCAAUUCAGGGGCAGAGUGUCUUGAGUUACAGCCCCUCCCGCUCGCCCAGCACCAGCCCCAAGUUCCCCACAGGCUGCAUGGCUGGAUACAGCCCUCAGUUGCAAGGUCUGUCAUCAGGCAGCAGCGGGUCCUACAGCUCAGGAGUGACCUACUCACCUAUCAGUAGUUACAAUAAGUUGGCAGGCUACAGCCCAUCAGCUGGUUCAUCGCCGUACCCUGCCACCGUUGGACCGGUGGAGAGCAGUGGGCUGCGAGCUCGUUACCGCUCUUCACCCACCGUCUAUAACUCGCCGACGGACAAGAACGACUACAUGACCGACCUCCGGACGCUGGACAGCUUCCUGAGGAGUGAGGAAGAGAAGCAGCACAGAGUGAAACUGGGGAGCCCCGAUUCUACCUCCCCUGUGACCAGCCCUACCUUCUGGAACUACAGCCGGUCUGUGGGGGACUACGCCCAGACCUUAAAGAAGUUUCAGUAUCAGCUCGCCUGUCGGUCCCAGGCCCCGUGUGCUAACAAAGACGAAGCUGACCUCAGCUCUAAACAAGCUGCAGAAGAGGUUUGGGCAAGAGUGACCAUGAACAGACAGCUUCUUGAUCACAUGGAUUCAUGGACAGCUAAGUUCAGGAAUUGGAUCAAUGAAACCAUCCUAGUGCCACUGGUACGCGAGAUCGAGUCUGUCAGCACGCAGAUGAGACGCAUGGGGUGUCCGGAGCUGCAAAUAGGAGAGGCAUCCAUUACUAGCUUGAAGCAAGCGGCGCUGGUCAAAGCCCCUCUCAUCCCAACACUGAACGCCAUCGUGCAGUACCUGGAUCUCACACCCAACCAGGAGUACUUGUUUGAAAGAAUCAAAGAGCUCUCUCAGGGAGGCUGCAUGAGCUCCUUCCGAUGGAACAGAGGUGGCGAUUUCAAAGGACGCAAGUGGGAUACAGACUUACCCACAGAUUCGGCUAUCAUCAUGCAUGUGUUUUGCACCUACCUUGAUUCCAGAUUACCACCACACCCUAAGUACCCGGACGGAAAAACGUUUACAUCCCAGCACUUUGUUCAGACACCAAAUAAACCAGAUGUCACCAACGAGAAUGUAUUCUGCAUUUACCAGAGCGCCAUCAACCCCCCCCACUACGAGCUGAUCCACCAGCGGCAUGUCUACAAUCUCCCGAAGGGCAGAAAUAACAUGCUCCACACCCUGUUGAUGUUCCUCUACGUCAUAAAGACCAAGGAGUCGGGAAUGCUUGGGAGAGUUAACCUGGGCCUGUCCGGCGUGAAUGUCCUCUGGAUUUUUGGCGAGUAACGGUCACUUCCUUCCAAAUACUGGGAAUUUUUAUGCAAAGCAGAAGUUGAACCUCAGCGUCUCGUCCAUCACUACUCCUGAAAUUGGUAGAUGUGUAUAUGUGACAAACUCUUGAAGUAGAAAAUGAGCUACUCUGAAACUUCCUUGUAGAAAUGGAUCCUCUAUCUUCCUCACCACGGAAGCCAUAUCAGCUGCCUUUAAACCAAGGUUCUUCCCACAUUAAAUCGUAGGUGUCUUUUCUGUUCUUGGAACCCUGAAUGCCAUCUUCACCAACCAAAGAGACACGUGUUUUCCAGUCAGGUUGCAUAAUGUAAACACUCAGAAAGAAACAAGCCGACCGCUCAUGUGAUAUUUGGAUCUCUGUGUUUUCCCAGCCUUCUGAAAGUCAGCCAUGGGCUCGUGGAAAGAAAUGAGAUUAACCCCCGAGUCAUGCAAUUUAAAAUCUGACUUAAAAGAAGUUUGACAGUGUUGGCAGUAUUGGAGUAAAUGUAGCUGGUAGGCUGAAAUUGAGGCUUCAGUAAAGGGGCCGUCCUUUACUAAAGCUCCAGCUCCGUCUUCAGUAAUGUUGUGUAAGAAUAUAGUGGUGUUCUGUCUAAAACAUUCAAUUGUAGUCAAAAGGGCCACUGUGAGAAGUUAGCCACGCUUGUACAUUUUGCUCCACUCCCGGUCCUUACUUUCUCGUCUCUAAGGCUAGGCCACAGUUGUGUUUAUCUACUUUUGAUGAACGUACUAUUCGCGGCCUGCUCCCAUCACCUUAUGGAGCCUGGAAACCGCCAGCAGCGCUAUCUUCUGAGUAACUGUCGGUCUGCACGCCCUUUUGUAUCACUUGUAAAGCCUGUCUUUCAAAGAGUUGUUCCUGUUCUUGUAUAAGUUGGGUGGCCAAGAGAAAGCAAGAUGCUGGACUCCCUGCCUUUUCACUGGUGGUUGCGAUGCAUGUUAAAUAAGGGUGUGAAGGUCUUUGGAAGGACGUCGACUAACCGUUAGAAAGUAAGAGCAUGUUAUCCCCGAAGUCUCCACUGUAACGCGCUCAACAACAGUCGCUGUGCUGUCAGGCUGUCCUGCCACAUCGCCUUUUUUAAAGCAAUAAAGAGAAAAGUUUUAACAGUA